GCUCAGCGUAAUAAUAAAUGUUAAAAGCAAACUCGUAUGAAUCAAAUAUUCCUCCUCCUUCAGCAUCAUCUAACCGGUCUGCUAACGAAUGAGCGGCGACCGUUUCAAGUCGGUUUGAAAAAAAAAAAAAAUGUCUUGGUACAUUGACGUCAACGGCUGUCUUGUCACGUGAUCAAGCUACCUCCAUCCCUGUGCGUCACUGUCCAAUAUGGCGGCACAGCCUGCUCCUACCAAGACAGCAGGCAAAAACAUAGAAAUAGUUCGUGGACAGGUGUUCGAAGUCGGCCCAAGAUACACAAACCUCUCGUAUAUUGGAGAGGGUGCAUAUGGCAUGGUUGUAGCAGCAACAGACAAUGUGACAGAUACACGAGUAGCGAUUAAAAAAAUUUCUCCAUUUGAACACCAAACAUACUGUCAGCGAACGUUACGAGAGAUCAAGAUUCUCAAUAGAUUGAAACAUGAAAAUAUCAUCGAUAUAAGGGACAUCUUGCGAGCUGCAUCCCAGGCAGAAAUGAAGGAUGUGUACAUUGUGCAGUGCCUGAUGGAGACAGAUAUGUACAAGCUGCUGAAGACACAGCAGCUCAGCAAUGACCAUGUCUGUUACUUCCUCUACCAGAUCCUUCGAGGCCUAAAGUACAUACACUCCGCCAAUGUCCUGCACCGUGACCUGAAGCCCUCUAAUCUUCUUCUGAACACCACAUGUGAUCUCAAGAUUUGUGAUUUUGGACUUGCACGGAUUGCUGACCCUGACCACGAUCACACUGGAUUCCUGACAGAGUAUGUUGCCACCCGCUGGUAUCGGGCCCCAGAGAUUAUGCUGAACUCAAAGGGUUACACGAAGUCUAUUGAUGUAUGGUCUGUGGGAUGCAUACUGGCAGAAAUGCUUGGCAACCGACCGCUGUUUCCAGGAAAACAUUAUCUGGACCAGCUGAAUCAUAUCCUGGGUGUGCUGGGCUCGCCAAGCCAGGAAGAUCUUAUGUGCAUCAUUAAUGAUAAGGCACGGGGAUAUAUACAGUCUUUGCCUCUUAAAUCCAAGGUGCCAUGGAAACGCAUGUACCAGAAAGCAGAUCCAAAAGCAUUAGACCUUUUGGACAAGAUGCUGACCUUCAAUCCAAACAAGAGGAUCAACGUAGAGCAAGCUUUGGCACAUCCAUACCUUGAACAGUACUAUGACCCCGGGGAUGAGCCUGUAGCUGAGGAACCUUUUACAUUUGAAAUGGAAUUGGAUGACCUACCAAAGGAACAGCUAAAAGAACUCAUUUACCAGGAAACUCUCAAAUUUCAGCCAGCAGACGUUCCCAUCAAAGAAUGAGCAUCAGUUUUACUGAGGCAGAGAGAAGUGAGCAGGUUUGUCACAUCGUGUCAAAUCCUCUCAAAAAGCCAUUGAGUGGCUUGACUUGGGAGCACCAAGGAACCAAAGUACAACGUCUCGCAGUCUCCUCUCUACAGAAGGAGUUGAUGUUUCUUUUUUUUAAAAAAAGUGUGGUGGCAAGUGCACAAAUUCUCAACUUUGUAAAUAUUGUCUAGUGAUUGUCCUAUCAACUUUACCUGACUGACAGUUUCAUUUGAAAUGUAGAGGACAGUUUGCAACAAAAGAGCCUUUGGCAGAAAGUGAUAACUGGACCACAUUGGGUCUAAUACCAGAGCUGCCAAAGAUAUUUAAGUGGGUUGGUGGGUUGGGGGUAAUGGGUGAUGAAAGGCUAGAAAAGUGACACUGUUAUCUCUGAUUUGGACUACAGCUUUUUUUUUAUUUUGGUUUGUUUUUGGAUGUGUGCACAAAAUAGUUUGUCUAUAGGUAUUCAUCAUGAUGUCUCUCUUUUGUAAACUUCAGGAGAUAGUGCAGGACAUUGUUGUCAUCCCUGUUUGUGAAGAAUGAUCUCGAUUUGGUGUGCUUGUCCCUUCAUUGUUGGUUUGGGAGAUAAAUUUUGCUUGCUACCACAAUCCUUGGCAAAUGAGGUUUCUACAAGCCUUAACUAAAAAAUUACAUGCUUUUCUUUACACUUAAAAUCUGCCAUCUUUUUUUACUUUUAUUUCUAAACCUUACCUAGAUAUGUCAGUAGAUGUACUUGAAAAACUGAGAAAGGAACUUUUUCCGAGGGAAUAAUUGGGAGAAAACAAUGCUGACUGUUUGGAUGUGUGAUCUGUAUUUCAAAUGCUGUUAAUCCAUGACACCAUGCCCUGAGGGAAAGAAAUGCUUUCCCCUUCCACCCUGUGGCAGAUCUGUCACUGCUUGAAAGACUGUGUUCCGUAAGUUGUGAUUUUAUUUCCUGUACAUAUCAUUGCAGAGUAGUUUGUGUGCAACAGUUGUAAAACAUACCUGAAGAUUGAUUAACACACAUGCUACAUCUUUUGUCCUAUCCAUAAAAAUCAGAACAUGUAACUCAUUUAUUUGUAUUCAGAUAGUGCUUGUAGUUUUUAUAUCUGUUGGCACAUGUGCCUAGGUAGCGAUUUGAAGUGCAGUCUUUUUUUCUUCUUCUUUUUUUUUUUUUUUAAGCUUGCUCCUGUUUAUGUCGUUGGUAGUGGAUGUUGUAACAAAUUGGCAAGCAAAUGCAAUCCGGAAAUAAGUGCUGCAACAAAACUUAGUUUAAUGCUUUGAGUAUGCUAUUUUCACUUGUUAGCUAAGGUGGCCGUUUCUGGAUGGAUGGCACAGCAUAGAGGGAUUGCUUUAUAAACAAGGGUGAAGCAAGUAGUCUGCAUUACCACUUCUGAUGAAUAAUGUAGAAAAAUGUGAGUUGUUUUGUUACAGAAUAUAUACUGCAAAUGGUGUAAGUUGUCGUUCUUGAGGAGAAACUCAUAAUCUUGACUGUGGUUUCAGGGUGGCUGGUACUGCUCCUGUUUAUAGCUUAAUUGUGAUUACCUUGUGAUCAAAGGAUUGACUGCCAUAGAAUAAAUUGUUAGUUGCCCAUUGGGGGAGAGGGAAAUUGAGUAGCAGAUAUAUUUAGAAUGUAUGGAUACUAUGGAGUGGAAACUGUUCCACAAACCUCAGGUGGAAAAGUAUUUUUUACUCCUUGAGCAUGGUAAUAGUGGAGUAGACAGACGUAGUUUCCAUAUGGGAAAAUUAUUACUAGAAUUUGAUCCGAUCACAACCCAUACCUAGGUUUAAAGUAAACACGGUGCUGUCCUUUGGCAUGCAUGACAGUACAAGUGGUUAUAUAGAGACAGUGGCUCACUCCCUCAAUGAUUUUGAUUUGCAGAAUGAUUAGUUAAGAGCAAAUUCACCUGGACAUUUUGCUGGAUGUUUUAGCUGGCUUUCAUCAGCUGUUAUGGAGCUUUGUAUGGCAUUUAAAUGACAGAACAGGUAGUUGGCUUGUAUUCAUCAUUUAAAAAAAGCUAGUAGCCUUCUUUUUUGAACCCUUGAAGUCCUGGUGCCUGUAGUAAGCAUUUGUGAUGCUGCAUGGUAGCCUUCAUUGAACAGUUAUAGUUGAACUCGUCACAGUACUGCAGUCGGAAGCAUUGAGCAUGCAAGGAUAGCACUAGUGAAAGGAAUAGGCUUUUAGCCAUCAGUUACAGCUUUUGCAUAGAGAUUCUAUUUUUGCCUGUGAGAUGUGUUUUGCAUUGCUUGCACAGUUUACAAGAUGUGUACAAGAUUUAGAAACAUUUAUAUUAAAUGCUACACUGGCGGACUUCAAUGUUUACUUGGAAAAUAUGGCAUGGAAUGAAUUUAUCGACAACCACUGUUUCACAAGUGAUAUUUGAAAGACGAGGAUUACUUACUGAAUCUAGAAUUUACUGAAUUCAAGAACUGCAUGCCUUAUACACCCACUUGUGUAUGCAUUUCCAGUGAAAGCAACAUUGACAUGACAGCCUGAGGUUUAGGACAACCACGGAUGGCAAUCACAGUCUUAGCUUCCUGACGAUGCAGCUGUGCAUCUGAACCAUUUAUGUUUAUUAAAAAUUUUAAUAUCCAAGCAUAGUAUUAACAAGCUGCAAGUGGUUUCUAAAAAAAAUUAAAGCUGGAACAAACAUGUUUCCAUGCAAGCUGCAGAAUAGCUUUGUUGUGGUUCUUUGAUAGGCAAAGUGAAAGCAGGGUGGUUAUAAGAAACCAGUAACAAACUUUUUAAAAUUCUCUAGGGUUUUUUAAUUUUAAUGUACACCAAAUAAAGUAUAGACUAAGAAUAGGUUUGCUGUGCAUUAGUGAAUGUUGAGCAGUAUGGAAGAUGAGAAACGGCCAACAAUUAAAAAAAAAAAAUCAUUGAAAUCAUUGUAGCAUAUCUAUAUAUUGGUAGAUUGAUGUAAUUACUCCCCCUACUCUUUCCAAGUCAUCAUUGUUCUCAUUCGUAGUGAAACACUGCAUGAAAACCGCUUAACUUUCAACUUUUUUUGUAGUUUUUAAAUUGCUUAUGAAGAUCUAGAUGCUGCAAAAAGAUUAGGAUUUGAACAGAAUGUUCCUAAGAAAAACAUGGGGAUGGGAGGGCAGUUUGGGGCAUAAGCCUUGGGGUUUAUGUACAGUGCUGCUAAUGGCGUUUUUUUAAAAUACAAAAAUGAUUACUUUGGGGCCUGGAUGUCAGUAAAAUUAUAUUAUACAUCCGUCUGA